AUGGGGAAAGUUAAGUGCUCUGAGUUACGCACGAAAGACAAGAAAGAGCUCUUCAAGCAACUUGAAGAGUUGAAAACGGAGUUGACUAAUCUUAGAGUGGCUAAGGUAACAGGAGGUGUUGCAUCAAAACUAUCAAAAAUACGUGUUGUAAGGAAAGCAAUUGCACGUGUUUAUAUUGUGUACCAUCAGAAAAUGAAGGUUAACUUAAGAAAUCAUUACAAAAACAAGAAAUAUAAGCCUCUAGACUUGAGACCAAAGAAGACCCGUGCUAUGCGCAAAGCUCUCACAAAACAUGAGGCUAAAAUCAAGACCCAAAAAGAGAUCAGAAAGAAGUCUCUGUUUCCUCCAAGAGUGUAUGCUGUGAAAGCC